AUGAGGAAGCCUGAUCAAAAUAUGGCAAAAGAAAGACUUAACAACAACAGCAACAAGAUGAAGCUGAGGAAGGGACUGUGGUCACCGGAAGAGGACGAGAAACUCAUCAAGUACAUGCUGACCAACGGCCAAGGCUGUUGGAGUGACAUUGCUAAGAAUGCUGGUCUGCAGAGGUGCGGCAAGAGCUGUCGCCUUCGUUGGAUUAAUUACUUGAGACCUGAUCUCAAGCGUGGCGCCUUCUCCACCCAAGAGGAAGACCUCAUUAUACAUCUGCAUUCCAUCCUAGGCAACAGGUGGUCUCAAAUCGCUGCUCGUCUUCCAGGAAGGACAGAUAAUGAAAUAAAAAACUUCUGGAACUCAACACUAAAGAAAAGACUGAAAAACAACGCAUCGGCAACCUCAUCACCCAACAACAGCGAUUCAUCAGAUCCCAGAGACGUUGCAGGCGGAGGGAUUUUCCCUCUGCACGAACUUCACGCGAUGACCUUUUGCAUGGACUCGAUUUCCUCAUCGUCGACAAUAUCCAUGCCGCCGCCGAUGGUCACAAACAACCAAUUCGAUCCGUUUCCACUGCUCGAUAUCAACAACCGUUACGAUCUGACGUGUGCACCGGGUUUACUAGAUGUUCCCACAUGCUUAACACAGGGCUUUUAUGGGGAUUAUGGGAUUGUAGAGCCUGGGAAAAUAGGGUUUGAAGGUGACUUUUCUCUUCCUCCACUUGAGAGUAGAAGUAUCGAUAAAAAUGCUGCAGCAGCCAUUAACAGCAGCAUUGAUCAUAGAAAAAGCAACCAUAAUAAUAAUAAUAACACUUGCUUCAAUAACACUGAUCAUCAGGGCAUUAACGUAGGGGACAUAUUUGGGUUAGAAAAUCAUCAAUGGGGAGGAGAAAACUUGAAAAUGGGAGAAUGGGAUUUAGAGGGUUUGAUGGACAAUAUAUCCUCCUUCCCUCAUUUCCUUGAUUUCCAAGUUGAGUAACUACCUACACUUAGAACCUUGCCCUCUAUCUUCCAAAUUUCAUCUCUAAACCCAAAGCCAAGUAUAGGAAAUAUUCUCCCCUUCACCCCCUCUUAUCUUCCUUAUUGAUUCAUUAUACAUUUUUUUUUUUUUUUCAUUUUCAAUUUGGGCCACUUAUAGAGUUUG